GUCACAGUGGGAGCAGCCAUGGCAGACCUCGUCGUCGCUGUUCAGUCGACCCCCCGCGGCCUCUCGAAGGUCUCCAUGAUCUUUGCUGCCGGCACGGCUCUCUUCUCAGAUGGCUAUGCGAACAACGUCAUCGGAAGCGUGAAUACUCUGUUGAAGCAGAUCUAUGGCUCCGACGCCAUUGCUGCUCACAAUUACAGCCAGACGCUCAGCUCUCUCGCGUUUGCGGGCACGGUCGUCGGCAUGCUCACCUUUGGCUAUCUCUCCGAUAGAGUGGGCCGUAAAUUCGGAAUGAUGCUUGCUACCGGCAUUGUUGCUCUCUUCUCUGGUCUCUCUGCUGCCUCCUCAGGCGCACACCAUAGUCUGGGUGGUAUGCUCGCCAUGCUUAGUGCUUGCCGUUUCUUGCUCGGCAUUGGUAUUGGCGCAGAAUAUCCAUGUGGCUCCGUCGCAGCCUCCGAGCAAUCCGAGGAGGAAGGUAUCAGCAAACGUGCCCAGAACAGGUGGUUCGUCCUUGCCACCAACACCAUGAUCGAUUGGGGCUUCGUCGUCGGUGCCUUCGUCCCCCUCGUCCUUUUCUGGAUCUUCGGUAACAACCACCUCCGUGCCGUGUGGCGUCUUUCACUCGGCCUUGGUGUCGUCCCGGCCGUCCUUGUUUUCAUCUGGCGUCUCAAGAUGGUCGAGCCCACCAGAUUCAGGAGAGACUCGAUGAAGCGCGCUAAGAUUCCCUAUCUCUUGAUCAUUCGCCGUUAUUGGGUUAGCUUGCUUGCCAUCUGUUUGACGUGGUUCAUCUACGAUUUCAUUACAUAUCCAUUCGGAUUGUACUCUUCAACGGUCGUUGACACCAUCACCGGCGGCAGCUCGUCCCUUACAGUUGUCUUCGGCUGGAAUGUGGUCAUCAACUUGUUCUAUAUCCCAGGAACGAUGACCGGCGCAUUCGUCGUCGACUAUCUCGGACCCAAAUACACCAUGAUCACCGGCCUCUUGUUGCAAGCCAUCAUCGGUUUCAUCAUGAGUGGAUUGUAUACCAAGCUCGUGGACAACAUCGGCGCAUUUGCGGUUGUCUACGGUAUAUUCCUGUCAUUCGGCGAAUUCGGCCCCGGUAACUGCCUUGGUCUCCUCGCCUCCAAAUCGAGCCCUACCGCCGUUCGUGGUCAGUUCUACGGUAUCGCAGCGGCCAUGGGCAAGAUUGGUGCUUUCGUCGGUACUUGGGCCUUCCCUCCCAUGAUCGCAGCAUUUGGCGGAGCGGACAGCCCGAAGGGCAACACUGGACCCUUCUGGGUCGGCAGCGGCCUUGCCAUCUUGAGCGCCCUCAUAACCUUCUUCUUCAUCAGGCCUCUCUCUGCGGAUGGAAUGGCCAACGAAGAUCUCGCUUUCCGCGAAUACCUCGAAGCCCACGGCUGGGACACAUCGCAGAUGGGCAUCCUCCCCGAUAGUGCCGAAUCAUGGGUCGAGCCUACGAGCGACGGAUCACUCCAGGAGAAAGAAAAAGAAGCGAUCUCGGCUUAGAUUUUGGUCCCUUCUUUAUACCUUUUCUUCCUUACCCUCUUGUUCUCCCUGCUGGAUCCUUUGCAUGACAUGACCGUGGUUGAUGAUGUUGAUGAUGUUGUUGUGUUACUCGUGGGUCGUGUUGUUCGAUUCCAUUUCUGUGAUUUCGUUUGUCUUGUUGUUUUGCUGAGGAAGUCAUCAAUUUUAUCUUCUCCCCAUACCACCACGAUCACGAUAGACUCGACCGUCUUGUCUGCCAUACUUGUCAUAGCUGCUUCCUGCGUCGCACCGCACUUAGCUAGAGUUCACUACUCGUCGCACUCCGCAGUAAUUCAACCCUGG